UAUAUAAACUAAAUAUUAUUACUCAGGGUUGCGAUGAAAUGUAAAUAAUUGACACGACUGAGGGAUUGAGGCUAUAUCAUAUAAAUUAGAAUGUCUGGAGCGAAGCCAAGAGGGCCCAAUGGGUCCGGUUCUCAAAGUAUGCCACGGCUGUGACAGUUACCAGUACGAUGCGUCCUGGAAAGAGAACCCUCAACUCUCCUGGGUGUCGAGAGGAAGAAGUACUGACGAGGCUUACUGUCAGUACUGUCAGUGUUAUAUAAACAUAAGGAGGGAUGGUUUGGAGGCCCUGCUCAUCCACACUGAUCUGGAAUCCCAUCAGUUUAUCAUGAAUUACAAAAGGGAUGGAAGAGUAGCAAGCAGAGACAUCUCGGCUAGUACUGAAGCAAAGGCAGAUUUGACAGAAAGAGCUGAGAUAUUGUGGUGUUUACAAGUAGCAGCAGCCGGGUACCCAUACCAUACUGCUAACAAUACUGAUUUGUUUUCGGCCAUGUUCGUUGACUCUAAGAUAGCGAAGAAUAUCGUUGUCGGACGAAGCAAGCUGAAGUAUGAAAUCAACAAGGGAAUCAACCCAUAUCUUUUAGAGCAAAUUUUGAAGCCAAUUACAAAAGAUGGAAAUUACUACGUACUUCAUUUUGAGGAGUCAAUCACUGAUACAGGGAAAAGAUGCUUAGAUAUCUAUGCAAGAUUCUGGCAUGAUAUUGGCGGGAAGGUUGCUAAUGUACAAAUCGGUAGUCAUGGAAUGAAACGAUACGACUCUGAGCAGACGUACACCAAGUGCUUGGAUGCGUUAGCAGCAGUGAAGUUGCCACUAAAGCAGUUGGUGUACGUAUCUACCCACCGAACAGGAGGAGAUCUGGAGGUCUUUCGACGUCUGGAAGAGGCAAUAACUUCCAACAGAGGAGUUCCACUGAUCGAGACUCUCCCGUUUAAUGAGAACGUUAUUUACACUGGUUACGGCAGGUUACUGCACGUGGUGGCAAACUGGGGGUUGGAGGACCUGGUGUACGAUCUGCGCGCCUGGUUCUGCACGUGCAAAGAACCAGACGCACCUUUCCUGUCCCUCUUAGAGGUGUUCACUAACGAGGAUCUGGGCCAUCAAAACGAGAGAUUUGCUAACAACAGCCUCGUUAACGAUCCUACUCCCAAAUCAUCGUAUAGGAUUAACGAUGCUCUUAUUUACAAGCACACACUUGGACUAAACAAAUCGUUCGCUGAUGUCCUGGCAAACUGGCCCUGUCUGGUCAAGUACUUUCAGAACUACGUGCCGAACAGUGAGCGCGGAGUUCAGAAAGUACCCAGGUUCCAGAGACUUCACGCUGCUUUCACCAACCCUCUAACCUUACUCCGAGUAACUUUCUUGAGGAGUGUGGGUAAAGUGUUGGAGGAUUUCAUGGACUCUUCCAUCGGAAUGGAGGGACCGUCUAUUCAUGUUUUGUCUGGAGCUGUUUCGACGCUAAUCAAGGACAUUGGAGGUCGGUUCCUGAAAGCAGAACCAAAAGCUGACAUAGUACGAGGAAUGUCUCAUAUAAAAUACGAGGAGAGGGAGGAGCAACUCCCUAACGACAUGAUGAACAUUGGGGCACCUCCCGGUGCUCUCUUUAGAGAGAUCCCCGCUCUGAAGCUAGCUGCAUUCUACGCUGAAGUGAGAGGAGCGUACGCUAUCUUGUUCGGCUACCUACUGGAGAACAGCCCGAUAAUGGAUCCUGUUGUUAGGGGGUGCAGGGCUCUCGACCCUUUAAAAAGGACAGAUAAAUGUUUGUACACCGCCAUGAAGUCGUUAGCAGAAUCAGUACCUCAAGUGGUUCAUCCUCCAACCCUCAACAAGGUUCUAGAAGAGUGGGACCUUUACCAGACAUUGGAGAUAGAGGAGAUACAGAGCAAUGAAACAGUGGAAGAUUAUUGGGACAGGAUCUUUAAGAUCACUGCUCUUGGAGAAGUUUCGAGAUUCGGGAAACUAUCCAAACUUAUUCAGGUGAUGCUGUGUAUUUACUACCGAUCACCGAAUAAGGAGCGAUCACUAAGAUCACUGGAACACAGACGAGCCACAAAGAUCGCUCAGGAGUUUGUCAACUUGCAGUGUUCAGGCAAAGUGAGCGAUGUAAACAUGACUGCUGGACUGAUAGCUGCGUAUAAAGAGGGCUGGGAGAAGUACUCUGCCCACUAUUCGAACAAGGGGCUAGCUCAGAGUGCAAAAUAUGCAGUAGGGUCGGGGAUCAUCGGCGAGGGUGUUAACAUGCUCCUUGGAGCAGACAUAACCAACGUGGGGUACCAUGGCAUCAGAGAGGUGGAGUUCAUUUGUUCGGAAGGAGUGUCCCGUAUAGAACAUGGUCUAAAGAAGGACAACUCAUUGGAAGUGAACGCGGGCAUGGCCCUGGUUGAGGAGGCCAGGUCCAAGAUACGAGUGAUCAGAAGUAAAAUAAUACACAGAGAAUACAUCAGGGAACUGGACAACAACAACCGGCUACUUUCCAUAGGUCUGUACCGGCUGAAGCAGUCCCGGAACACAGGUAAAGAGGGAGAGGGAGCAGCCAGCUUGGAGGUGAUAAAGAGAGGAAUGACCGGGAUUAGUGACCUCAGGAUGGACCUCAGACCAGAAACAGCUGCCGCUCAUGUGGUAGAUGAGUGAACCCUCUGCUCUUGCUGUAUAGUGUAAAGAAUAUAAUCAGUGAGCAAAUAGAAGCGGAUAAUGAUGAGUCCUGUAUGCUUUGGUUAGAAAGGGUGCUAACAAAUAGUUCAGCUUAGAGGGUGUGAGUGAAACUCCCUUCGAAAUUCAAUCGAGUUGGAAUGUGACGGACUUCUCAGACUGGAUUUUAUACUACUACUAGAUUCAUACCAUGACACUAACAGCGUGAACACGUUUAGAAUUUACUGGUGGGUAAAUUUUAGCAACAUUAUGUUUCGCUAAUGUUGCAACAAAAAAUAUUAUUACCUAUAUUGAAAUUACUCUGACAAAUGAUGUCAAUAUCUUUUACCAUUACCAACACGGAGCCAGAAACUUUGAAAUUUCCAUUAUAACUUACAUCAGAUUCGGACAUUAACAAGGCACAAUCCUCGUGAUUUAACAUGGAACCUUUUUGUUUACCAAGUGAGAUUAUUUCUAAAAUUAAAUAUCUGCUAAACUUUCAUUUGUCAACUAUGUCUAAACUUAUUGAGACAAUCGACCACUUAUCUGCAUCAUUGAUUGCGUUUGUUUCAG